AUGGAAUUCGUGAAUAACUGGGGCGAAACAGCAAGAUCCCUCCCACUAACUGUGCUCCCAUUUCUUGAUAAAACCAUUCUCAAACCUCGCAAUCCACACAAAAUACAGUAUGAACACAAAGAAUUCACGGAAAUACAAGGCUUCUCUACCAGCACUGAACUCAAUAAAGAUAAAGAAGUACUCUAUAAAUCCUUCUGUUUCGACUCUCAAAAACUCGAAAAUCUCAAGAAGAAAGCCAUGGAAAAUGGUCUUCUUGUAAAGUGUACAAGUUUUGAAGUACUCUCAGCUUUUUUAUGGAGGGCUAGGACUAAGGCGCUAAAAAUGUUGCCCCAUCAAAAGACAAAACUCUUAUUCGCCGUGGAUGCACGGAAUAAAUUCGAUCCUCCCCUUCCAAAAGCGUAUUUUGGAAAUGGGAUUGUAUUAACAAAUUCUAUUUGUCUAGCAGGAGAAUUGAUAGAGAAAUCUUUAUCAUACGGGGUUCGACUUGUUCAAGAAGCAAUUGAGAUGGUGUCUGAUAUUUAUAUGAGGUCGGCCAUCGACUAUUUCGAGGUAACAAGAGCUAGGCCUUCUUUGAGUUGUACACUUCUUAUUACAGCUUGGUCUAGGUUAAAUUUUCACACAACAGACUUUGGAUGGGGGAAGCUUAUUGUAUCGGGGCCUGUAGGUUUACCUGAGAAGGAAGUAACACUUUUCUUGGGUAAUGGGAAAGAGAGAAAUGGUAUAAAUGUACUUCUGGAAUUUCCAGUUUCAGCUAGGAAGAUUUUCCAAGAACUGAUGGAAACAUUAUCAAAAUUUAUGGUAUGUUCGGUGAAUUGA